CACCUGAAGAUCUCAAGAAUUAGCUGGGAACCUUUCAGACCUUCUUAAAACUCUUGUAGCUGACUGUAGAACUGGUUUAGACAGUCUUUUUUUUGUAUCAUCCAACCCAUCGGCCCUUUAAAACAAUGGCGUCCUACAGCCCUGCAUCCACGGAGGAGCGGUCCUCAGAGGUGUCGGACGUAAACCUGAAGGCAAAUGGCUCACAGGAGUCCAUGAAACUGAAAAAAGAAAUAUCUUUGCUCAAUGGUGUGUGUCUCAUCGUGGGAAACAUGAUUGGCUCUGGGAUCUUCGUCUCACCCAAAGGCGUACUGAUGUAUAGCGGCUCCUAUGGGUUGUCUUUGUUAGUGUGGACAAUUGGUGGGAUCUUCUCGGUGUUCGGGGCACUCUGUUAUGCUGAGCUCGGGACCACCAUCACCAAGUCGGGUGCUAGCUACGCCUACAUCCUGGAGGCUUUUGGAGGCUUUUUGGCUUUCAUCCGUCUAUGGACUUCUCUUCUGAUCAUUGAGCCCACCAGUCAGGCUGUGAUAGCCAUCACCUUCUCCAACUACAUGGUGCAGCCCAUCUUCCCCACGUGUAUAGCACCCUACGUGGCCAAUCGUCUGCUGGCUGCAGCCUGCAUAUGCUUGCUGACCUUUGUGAACUGUGCCUAUGUGAAGUAUGGAACACGCGUUCAGGACUUCUUCACCUACGCAAAGGUCAUUGCCCUCAUCGCUGUCAUCAUCACUGGCCUGGUCAAGAUAUUCCAGGGUUACACACAGAAUUUUGAAGGGCUGUUCUCAGGUUCAUCUCGGGAUCCGGGUGAUGUUGCUCUGGCAUUAUAUUCUGCUCUCUUCUCAUAUUCUGGAUGGGACACGCUCAACUUUGUCACUGAGGAGAUCAAAAAUCCUGAGAGAAAUCUCCCGCUGGCCAUUGCUAUCUCCAUGCCCAUUGUCACAGUGAUCUACAUUCUUACCAACUUGGCUUACUAUACAAUCCUGCCCAUUCCUGCCAUCCUGGUCAGUGAUGCCGUGGCUGUGACAUUUGCAGACCAGGUAUUUGGAUAUUUUAAUUGGACAAUACCAGUCGCUGUUGCCUUCUCCUGCUUUGGAGGAUUAAACGCUUCAAUAGUGGCUGCUUCAAGGCUGUUCUUCGUGGGCUCCAGAGAGGGCCAUCUGCCAGACUACCUGUGCAUGAUUCACAUCACCCGCUUCACCCCCAUCCCUGCCCUACUCUUCAACGGUGCCAUGGCUCUUGUGUACCUGUGUGUGGAAGAUGUCUUUAAACUGAUCAAUUACUACAGCUUCAGCUACUGGUUCUUUGUGGGUCUGUCUAUCCUGGGACAGCUGUACCUGCGAUGGAAACAACCAGACAGACCACGACCACUAAAGCUCAGUCUGUUCUUCCCAAUUAUAUUCUGCCUCUGCACAGUAUUUCUUGUGGUGAUGCCUUUAUAUAGCGACACUAUCAACUCAUUAAUCGGCAUUGCCAUUGCUUUAUCGGGAGUGCCAGUCUACUUCCUGUGCUGCUAUCUACCUGCCACACGUAGGCCUAUGUGGCUCAGGAAGUUUAUUGCAUCUUCAGGCAUACUCAUUCAGAAGGUGUGCUACUGUGUUCUUACUGAGAUGGACAAAGAAGGUGAAAAGGCAGAGUAGAAGAGGAUGAGGCACUGACAAAAAAACUGGAAUAAUCUCUGGAUUCAAGACUGGGCAUGCAAUACUAAAGCUGCUGAUGUGAUUAAACUCGUUUUUACACUGGUUUAUACAGAUAUCAUUUUAGAUUGAUCAGAUGUCAUGUUAUAUUCAUUAGAGAUAUUUAUGCUGCAUUUUGAUCAGUUGAAUGCUGGUUUGAUGGGGAACAGUAAACCAACUCCUUGCAUGUGAAGAAACUUGGACUUUAAGGUUGUUGCGGGGAUCAAAUUAUAGCACUGAUAACAGAUAUAUUAUUUAGAGACAUUUGUACAAUUGCUUUGAAAUAGCUAUAAACCUAGUUGCACAUUAAUACACAUAAAUUUAGAUGCUUGUACACUGAGAGUCUAAUAAAAGACCUUGCUGUUUGUUAAAGAAAGGAAUUGCCACUACAACAUCUUUAUCUUUACAGGUGUGUAUAUGAAUAUUGAAAGCAGUAUUUUCCAUGUUUUCUUUUCUAAAGACUGAAAUGACAAUGGCAGUGUUAUUAUGGAUUUGUGAUAACUGGUUGGAUAAAAAAAAAAAAAACGAUAUAGAGGACAAUUAAUGCAAAACCUGUGCAUGUUCAUCAGGAAGGGACACAUACAUAUUAAUGUUAACAUUUAGUCAGCCAUUGUUUUUAAGUGCUUUGGAUGAAAACUAUAUGGCAGGUCUUCCAGCCAGUUCUAUCAAACCUUUACAAUUAAUCCAGAACGCGAC